AUGUUAUACCAAAUACAAGUGCUGUUUUGUCUGUUUUGCGUGGCCCAGCUGGGGAGCGCCCAAUGUCCAACGAAUUUCAUAUACUCAAAUGGUCAGUGUGUGCCUCAAAAUGUAACUCAAUGUGCAAAUGGUCAGCUCUAUGGCUGUGGUAGCACCAUUGUGAAUGUUUUCGUCAAUGGAGCACAAACACAAACUCAAACUUUUGUGUGCCAUCCAGGCCAGCAAUGUCAGCCGCAGCCGACUCCUUGCCCCAACCAGCCAGUGUCGCAGUAUCCUAUAGUAAUACCGCAGCCAAAUCCUUGUCCAGCCGAUACAACGCCACCAGGGACUGUAACUACACCGAAUCCUUGCCCAAACCAACCAGUGACUCCUUAUCCUAAUCUGGUGCCGCAAUCAACUCCUGCAACUUUAACUGAAACUACACCGAAUCCUUGUCCAAACCAGCCAGUGACUCCUUAUCCCAAUUUAGUGCCGCAGUCAACUCCUGCAACUAUAACUGAAACUACACCCAAUCCUUGUCCAAACCAACCAGUGACUCCUUAUCCUAAUCUGGUGCCGCAAUCAACUCCUGCAACUUUAACUGAAACUACACCGAAUCCUUGUCCAAACCAGCCAGUGACUCCUUAUCCCAAUUUAGUGCCGCAGUCAACUCCUGCAACUAUAACUGAAACUACACCCAAUCCUUGUCCAAACCAGCCUGUGACUCCUUAUCCCAAUUUAGUGCCCCAGUCAACUCCUGCAACUUUAACUGCAACUACACCGAAUCCUUGUCCAAACCAACCAGUGACUCCUUAUCCUAAUCUAGUGCCCCAGUCAACUCCUGCAACUUCAGUUGAAACUACACCGAAUCCUAAUUUAGUGCCGCAGUCAACCCCUGAAACUGCAACUGACACUCAAACUAGUCAACCAGAUGCUGAACUUGUACCGCAAUCAACUCCUCCAGGCGCAACAACAGAGUCCACAGCUAUGUCUCCUACAACAGUCGCCACAACUAAUGAACCACGCCCUGAACCAAUCACUCAGUGUCCCAAAGGCACAAUUCUUGUUGGUGGCAAAUGUCAUCUCGUGUAUUGCGGCGUGUAUGAGCUUUCAGAUGAGCAUUGCGCCAGACUGCAGUGUCCUGCCGGCACCAUUUGGACAGGUCAAAAGUGUGCACGUCCAGCGCCCAUUGAAAUUGAGCCUAUUCAUCUCGAGCGUACAAUCACCGUUGUAAACGAUAAGAAUGAACCAAAUCUGGUGCUAAACAAUGUUCACAACUUGGUUAUUAAUGCAUCCAUUUCAUUAACGCCAGCUGAGUCUGAAUACGAAGAUGAAAGUGAAGAAGCAGCAGCAGAGCCGGCAGCCAAAUGUUGCACUGUGCUUGGACCACGCACCUGUCGCUACGAUGCGCAAAGCUCUCGCUGGCAGUGCUUCAAUCGGAAGCAAAACCAAUGCGGUGACUUUUGCAGCGCUCCCAAAGUUAUGCUAAUACCAGCGACUGUGACUACCUGGAGCUACAACAACGCUCAAAUGCUUGUUAUGCCACCGCCUCCUAACAAUGUAGUCACUGGCAUAAACAAUUCUAGCUACGACUGCAGCGGCUGUGCUGCGGGUGCUCUGAUGUCCUGUUCUCCAUAUUGCUACAAUUCUGCCUGCAGCAGUCCCUAUUGCGCCUAUUAUGCUCAAGCUCAGUUCUGUCAAACCCAAGCAGUCGGCUCUGUGGGCUGCUGUCCAGAGGACGGUUGGCCUGUUAGCUCUUCAGAGCCCAAGGAUUAAAAUUUUGUUUUACAACUAAGUACGGACAAUUUACACAAGUUAUAUUUAUAUUGAAAUGCUGUAAAUAAAACUUGUUUAGAUAAGUUGUUU